CUGUGCUGUCUCCUGACAGCUGUUUUGAUUUUCAUCAUAUCUACGAUCUUCUUUGUAGAAAAAUAAUAGAGUUCGUAAAAUUGUUAUUACCGCAGAGUUAUUUUAUAAUGGCAACUAAACAGAGUGCGUUGUUUAUUUGUUUGGGAAAUAUUUGCCGCUCACCAAUUGCAGAAGCCGUGUUUCAAAAUAUCUUGAAAGAGAGAGAUUUGCAAAAUGAUUGGCAUGUCGACAGUGCAGCGCUGGGUUCAUGGCAUGUCGGCAAGUCGCCGGAUAGACGCGCAAUGAACACAAUCAAACGCCAUGGAAUAGAAUAUCGUCACAAAGCUCGUCAGAUUCAAAAGGACGACUUCAAUCAAUUCGAUUACAUUUUUGGCAAGGACGAAGAGAACAUGAGGGAGUUGAAGAGACUUGCACCAACUGGCAGCAAAGCUAAGUUAAUCCUGUUAGGGUCUUUCGACCCUGAAGGUGAUCCCAUUAUACGAGAUCCGUACUAUGAUGAUGGCGACGAAGGCUUCGAGAAGUGCUUCCAGCAGUGUGUAAGGUCGAUAAAUGCUUUUUUGGAUUCUUUGAAAAACUGAUGUUUGUUAUUGUGGUUUUCAAAAGUAUUGUAAACCAGCGAUAUAUAUAUAUAUAUUUUUUUCUCUACGCAAACUGGGAAGUUAUUGUAUAUUGAAGUUUUGUAUUUAGGUGCAGUAUAUAGUAGCCUAUUGUCUUUCACAAUCAAAUUCAAAUGUAAUUUUAUAAAUAAUGAAAGUUGGGUGUGAUUUUUUAAUUCGCGAUUAUGUCUUUGUGUGUUGAGUCACUUUGCAUUUCAUGGUGGUCUUCUUCAGUAUUCAUUUUGAUUAGAUCAAGGUUUAAUGAUGUUACAUUAACUGGUUUUCUCGUGGUAGCUUCUCUUGUACAUCCAUUACAGUAGGGCAUUAGCAGCACAAGAUAGGAGCAAGGAAGUAGUGUAAAAAAGGGUAGCUGGUGGUGGCCAAUAGAGUUUGUGGUGGUGUGGUGUGCUUUGCUGUGAAGUCAUAUCGAAUUGCAGAUAUUUUCCUUAGCAAGGUUGCAUUACACUUAUUUAUUAAAACCCUAUUCAACCAUUCAUUAUAAAUGGUUGAACAACUAUACAUAAAAUUAAUACUGUGCAAUCAUAAAAACAAACCUGAAGCCACCAAUUAAUUGUUUUUAAGUAACCAACAUACUCAUCCAAAACUAAUGCACAAAAACUAGUUUCAUACCAUAAAAAAAUAGUUUCCAGCCCAAAUCUGUACCAUUUUGUGAUUUAACAAAGUAUUGUCCCAUUUCUAUAGAAACAAGGCUAAAGCAUAUUCAAAUGUACAGUACAUACUAAAAAUAUCAUAAAAUCAGUUGUAAAAUUUGUAUUAACAUUUUACUGAACAAAAAUACUAUUAAGGGCCUUGGAAGGAGUUAGCUAGUUUACAGUGAAAUUUGUUAAAUACUUGGUGGGGUUUAUUUCAGUAACAAAUAAACUCACCUGCCCCCUGGUGUACCUUGGAGACUUGCCCUAAUUUGCCAGCUGACCCUAACUAAUGAUGGUCCAGGAGAUGGUGUCUGGGUGGGUGCGGGCAGCGAGAGCACAGGAAAUGCUGUAGUGAUUGCUGCACCAGGAAACUGCUUGCUCCUACCAGCUAUAUUAUUCACAAGGAAAGGUAGAGGUACGAUUACCGAUUUUACAGAAAAUAUUUUACCAGCAAGUCCCCAAAGUAUAACAUACCCCACAAUUUGGCAUUGGUAUGUAUUUUAAGGUUUAAGGGAUUUAAUAAGCCUCUAUACUGGCAGUUUACUCGCAUAUUUGGUACAUGAUGAUGGCUUGUUAUAGACUUGGUAGAAUAAAGCUAAAAUCCUUGAAGCUGAUGUGCUCAAUUAAUUACAGAAUUUUUUAAAAUUAUAACCAAGUGUUGCUAAGUAAUUUUUAACUACACCAGAUACACUGAUUACAAUGUAUUAUUAAUCACAAUACCUGUAUAAGAUAGCACUAAGUUAUGAUAUAUGUUUUUUUUAACCAUAAAUAGAUACGAGAGAGGGCUUACUAUUUUAAGUUGUGUGUUUAGUGGGGAGGAUGGUAGUAUUCUAAGUCCUCGAAGAAGGUAGGCCUUAAUAAGAAGUGAGCAAUCUGAUCUCUGAAACAAAAUGGCCUCUCCAUUCUCCAGAUAGUAAAAAAAAAAUUAAAUGUUAAAUGAA